AUGUACGCUGUUGCCAAGUGGGCCGUUGCUUUCUCUGUUCACUUAGACGUUGAUUCAAAAGGCACAACAUCUGGUGAAGCUUCUCAGGGCGGUCAUGGACCAACUGAAGUUAAGCCAAAACCGGAGGUCAAUGUGAGGUAUCGACCAUUGUUUGAAGCCGCAGUAAAAGGUGAUUGGAAAGGUGCCGAGGAAAUCCUCGAUCAUGAUCCCGAAGCAAUCACGGCCACAAUUUUGACCUCAGGAACUCGUCAAGCUACUGUGAGCGAUAUUGCGGUUACGGCCGGACAAGAUCAAUUUAUGGAAAACCUGGUUAAGCGCGUCCCUGCGAAAAAUAAAGCUCCCAUAUUAGAGGGUGCCCUCUACCAUGCUGCUCGGACGGGAAAAAUAAGAAGGGUAAAGGAAUUAGUAGAUGAUCUUGACAAAGUUGGUAAAUCAGGUGUAGAAGUUGCCUUGUCAAUCGCUACUGGAAAAGCUCCUAAGCAAAAGGAGGUUAUCUGGUACCUAGCCAAACAUAUGAAAUCCAAACCAGAGAAUGAUCUCGUGCUUGCCCUUAUUAAGGCUGGCCAUUUGGACAUACUCUUGGAUUUAGCUAACAAACACCCCAACUUGAGGAAAUUUGAUGAGAGCGAAAACCAUGGCCUGUCAAAAGACUUAGUACAAGUGAAGUCUUACUACCGCAGUGGAGCUCGACUCAAUUUUUGGGAAAAGUUUAUUUACCAAUGUAUCCCUUCCUCGGUUGAUCCAUCAUCUCACAAAGUCAAAGACACCAAGAUGGCUCGAGGUAUUUUUGUUAAUCUACUGAUGGAUGGACUAAUACGGCAAAAAGCAUAUCAUUCAAAGAUCUUACUCAUAAAAAGUUAA